GAAUGAACUGCUCUGCAUUACAUAAUCGCUCUCGGAUGGUGUAAUCCUUCAGUUCAGCCUGUUUAUCCAGCUUCUCUAAAAACCUCGAUACUUUAAAGCUUAUUAAUGGGUCCGAACAGGAUCUAUAUAAGUGUAGGCUAUGCCACAUUCGGCAUGUUGGUUGGUUUUUCGGCGUUUGUCGUUUGGAAUGUGGUGUAUAAACAGCCGUGGACGGCGGCGAUGGGCGGAUUAUCGGGGGUUUUGGCACUCUGGGCCUUGGUCACACACAUUAUGUACAUUCAGGACUACUGGCGCACCUGGCUGAAGGGACUGAAGUUCUUCAUGUUUGUUAGUUCUGUCUUCUCCCUCCUGGCAGUUGCUGCUUUUGCCACCUUCAUAGCUCUAGCUGUUAUAGAAAAGCAGGCAUUAUCUGACGCCAAAAGCUUCUAUCUGUCAGCUGUGUGGAGCUUCAUGACUCUUAAAUGGGCCUCUCUGCUUGGCCUGUACUCCUACCGGUAUCGGCAGGAGUUUGCUGAUAUCAGCAUCCUCAGUGACUUUUGAUUGGCUCUUUCAUCUGGAGAUGAACGGAUUUGUUGUUGCCAGUCGGUGGCUUCACUUGCCAAUAUGGAAACAUAAGGAUGGAUGGUUAUCCUCUUUUAAAACCGUCUUCUUGCUUUCACAGAAAAGACAGUCAAAUCUCAGCCCCACCUUCCUUCAGAUCCAGGCCCUGGAAUAAGAUGUUGGUGAAUGUCUGCCUCAUUACAGUCUUUUUCAUUUUUUUAAAGGUGAAUUGUGUACGUUUUUCAAUGUUAAAGGGUUAGUUCACCCAGAAGUGAAAAUUCUGUCAUAAUUUACUCAUCCCGGUGGCGUUCCAUUCAGAAGGAUUGAUUGGAAACAUUUUAUUUUGCAAUUCCAUUUGGUGCCAUUAGUGAGUGUGUUAGGUUUUUUGAAGGCAUUGUGGGAUACACUAAGAUGGGGACACAGGUAGUUGUUACUUUACUCAGGGCAACUUCUCUCCAGAUGUUAGAUGUGAAGUUCGAUCUCUCCUUGCAGUAAGCAGAGUGGGUUAAUAAAAAAGGAUUUGCACAGCUAUUUCUAGGGGCCUAAGAGAGGGAUGGAGGAAUGUAGGACGGUGUCCAUAUUAGCAUCUGUCUACAAAGCUGACUUUGAUUCAUUGUUAGUGAUGUUGAUGUUGUUAUUGUUUUCAGACGUAGGGCAUGUCCACACUAAUAUGUUUUCGGUUGAAAAUGCAUUGAUUUUGCUAUGUUUAUACCUCUAAUCCACACUGGAACGGCGUUUUCCUCCACCGAAAACUGAGACUUUUGAAACUGCUUUGUAAUACUGCUUACUUUGUAAAACUAUGACUUUAGGAAACAGGACAGUUUUCAACCGAAAAUGUGUUAGAGUAGACCUGUACAUAGACAGUGUUUAUUAUAUAUAUAUUGUUUAUACCUAUUUUUAUUUAUGAUUAGAAGCUGUGGAUUAUCAGUAGCUAUGUUCGGAAUAAAAUUCUACCAUACUACUCAUACUUACUGUUUGCUGCAGUAUUAAUACUGUGCGCAGUUUGCACAUUUUCUGGAUCCACAUAAUACACGGAUGACCUGCUACAAUUGCCAAAAUGUGCAAUAUGCAACAGGACACACAGCGAAGAACAUGCUUGACCGUUCAAUUUCUAAUGUCAUGAAUGAACAGUAAGUCAUUUCAACCAUGAUUUUGAACAUAUUCUUGACUCUUAUUUGUUUAGAAUACCAAAAGUUAAGAUUUAAAGAUGUAAAAUUGUAAUACAGAGGUGAUACCUGAACGUUAUUUACUGAAUGUAGCAUACACAGUUUAUGUUAUGAGAAUGCAGUGUAUUCUGUGCAGUAUGUAGUAAGCAGUAGUCCAUUCUGAACAUAGCCCACGUUACAUUAUUACAAUGCAGUUCCUCUCUUUGCCACUAGUGGGGGUGAUGGAUCUAUUGAAUGACUUCCUGGUACUCUGUCAUCUGCAAAUACAAAGUACAUAUUCACUAAAUUUUAAUAAGGUACAAGAGUGAGCUGAAUUCACCAUAGUACUGAAUACUAAAUAUCUGUGUUAUGUUAUUAGAUUUUUUUUUUUCUUUAACAAUUAUGUGUUUGUUUUAAUGUGUUUUAAUUCAGAUGCAGAUGUGCUUGUUUAUUUCAAAGAGUGUUUAUCUGUCUGAACCAGAGCUUUAGAAAGUAUAGUGUUUGGCUGCUUGAGUCUGAACAGUUUAGGAGCCAAAAAGUAACAAAAACAGAUUGCACUAGAUUGCAUAGGAAUGUUAAAUGUGUUGUUUGUUGAAAUUUAGAAAGGUGAGGGUCACCUUCAAAAAACAUUUUACCUACCAUGUUUUAUGCUAUAGCAUGUGUCAAAAAUUGUUUUGUAUUUUGUUUGCUUUUAACCAACUGUACACAGAUUCAUCACUGAUUACAGUCAUACUACAUGCAGUUCAAAAUUUGCACAGACUGUAUAUGAAACAUCUCAAUUGGAUUAAAGUACUGCUGUUUUAAUCUAUCCC